GGCGGCUCCGGGAGAGGGGCCGGGACCUGUCCCCGCCCGGAUCCCAGCACCUGGUGGACGCCUCUCUUCCCGAGUGUCCUUUCGACCUGCCCCUGGAUGCCCCCCUCCGCACCCCAACCGUGCAAAUGCUGUCCCAUCACACCCCGACGGGUCUUCGCUGCGCCCUCCGCCCGUGUGUCGUCCCCCCCCCCCCACAUACCCCACACUUCGGAUGUCUGCAUUAUUAUUUACUUUCCAAUGAAUUUCCAAUUCGACGUCGACCGAAUUUAUGUUUGUCUUUCUAGUUUCCUGCUCCAGGGGAUCAGGGCCAUUGCCCUCGGAUCCUGCGUUUUACCAGCAACCCGGAUAGUGAUCUCCCCUCUUUUCACCUCUGUCCUUUUUCUCCUCCAGAAACGUUCAUGCUAAUUGCCGCCAAAUAGUGGUGACAAUGGAAACACGCAGAAGGCACAGUUGCAAUGUUCGCAAGUAGAUUAUUAUCUUAACCAGUCCUCUAGGCUGCCUCCUGAGAGGGGUCAGAUGCUGGGAAGAGGUGGUGGCGGUGGCGGUGGCCGUAGGGUGAGAUAAAGGGUGUUUAGGACCCCUGGGCUCAGUCUGACUGGGAGGGCCAACCUUCUGGGCCAGAUCAGGUCAGUCUCUUUCCCGCUGAGGCCGAUUCCAAUCUUUUCCACUAGGAAUUAUCAGUGUUAGAUAAUGCUGGUUUCUGUGUUCCAUUGGAUUUCACUCUUGCUUCCAGUCAAGGCCCCCAGAUUAAAUCUUCUCUGCAUUCUGAGACUAUUGGUCGUUUGAAGUUUAUACCGACUGUGGGCUACCACCUGCAAUGGAAAUGAAGGUGGUAGUGAAUCACUUCCUGUUGUGGACAGAGAGGCCUGUGCUCAGCAUUCAUUUCAACCUGGGUCCUCCUAGUGCAAUCCUUCUGAUUUGCAGAGGAUCUACACAUUAGUGUUGGAAAGGCACCGCUCUGGCAGCCUCCAGGAUGACUCUAAAAGCUCUCUUCUUCUCACUCCAUAAGAAGAUGCUGAUGGCUAAAAGACCAAAUGGCUCCCAGGAGUCUGGAUUGCAUUUAGGGGCCAGCAUUAAAAAGACCAUUGGAUUAAAAAUCAGGAACCCUGGUUCUUCCUCCUGUCCCUACCAGCCCUGUGACCUCAGAACAGUCACAAAUAGAGAGAGAGGAUGCCAGCAGGAAGACAGGCAAUGGAAGAGGGAGAGAGUCCCAAGCAGGCUCCCGCUGAGUGUGCGGCCAGAUGACUGUGAUCACAGAGCUCCAUCUCAAGACCUUGAGAUCAUGACUUGAGCUGAAAUCAAGAGUGGGACCCUUCACUGAUGGAGCCACCCAGGUGCCCCCAGUCUGUUCAUUUUUACAUUUGGGACUUAGGCCGGUUGAUUUUUAAGUUCCCUUCCAGCUGUGUCAUGCUGAGCAUGCAGCUGGAGUGUGAGGGUCUUUUGCUGUUGGUUUUACUGUUAAAUUUUGUCCUGGGUCUCCUUGUUGCUAUAGGUCAGCCCUUCCUCGUUCGUUUCUCGUUCCUCGGUCAGCCAUUCCUUGGCCAGCUUUUGCACCUGUGCUGUUGUUAGGUGAAAAACUGAAAAUUGGCUUUUCGGAAAUUAUCUUACUCAAUGAAAAUGCAGGAAGCUUGUGCAUGAAAUUCAUUCGUCAAACACACACACACACACACACACACAAACCACACAGAGCAAGAAACCACAGGGCCUAUCGGUUUGUCGUCAUCGAGCAGACGAGAACAGAACAGUGCGAAAAGUCUAGGCUGAGAGGAAAUGCACUUGAGAGAAGGGGGAACACGGCAGGGAGAGAAAGAGGGCGGGAGUAGGAGAGAGCUGUAGGGCUGGGGUGCCGGCAUGGUGGGAGGAUGGAAGAAGUGGCAGUGAAACAGGGCUUCCUGUACCUUCUACAGCAGCAGACUUUUGGAAAGGUAAGGGCGAGACUGUGCUGGAACUGGGCGGAGGGCCUGGGGGGGCUGCUAGAAAUUCCUGGGGAGGAGGAGGAGCCCAUGAAUGUUUCAAAACCCUCAUGGGAAGGUGAGCACUGUGCCACCCACCACGUUCCACCCAGGGCCCAAUCUUCGGAGGGGGUCUUUCCUUAGCAGCCGCUCGUUUCCCCAACCAGGCCCCAAAGUGUGUGCUUUGCAGACGGCUGUUGGGCCAGUGGGGAGGGUGUAAAGGAGGUUCUGGGACUCCAUUUCUUGCCUAUUUGGCUCUCUGGUAACUUCUCAAGGGGGUGCUUGGGAAGGGAAGGGGAGGAGCAGCGGGGGAGAUAAUUUGGGAUUGCAGUAGAGGUUCCCGUGUCCCUUUCUUGCUCCAGUGGGGUGAGUUUGGCCAGUGGUAAGCUGGAGCUAGGGUCUCUGUGGCCAGCUUCCUUUUCCUUCCUUGGUUGAGGAAGUCCUCUUUCCCUCAGCUGAGCCAUGCCAGGGCUUCUCUGUCUCUCUCAUGACCCAACCUGCCAAGGGAUGAAGUAGGAAGGUUCAAGAGGGUGGGCUGAAGUUCCUGGCCUGGGGCUUCCUGUAGGACCUCGCGCAGAGCGAGGGUGGCCCUGGUGCCACCCUCUCAAUCCUCCUCUGGGCUUCAGGGACCUGGGCUGGGCCUGCCUUGCAUUCUGCCUCUGGGGGGCUCACUAUUGUGCCCUCCUGCCUUCCGCACUCUACCUGCUGUCACUGCCUCUUCCUUGGUUGUGGGUGACAGACCUGCAAUGCUUUCUAGUCGCUAAGGUCCCUGUUAAUCUCUCUGACUCCCUUGGCUCUCCUGUGAUCUUUGCCACUCUCCUCGUCCGAGUGCCACCCCACGGCCUUCCCCAUGGUUCCUCCUCUUCCCCCUUUGGUCACCGUCUGUCCAUUUCUGGGUGGCUCCCUCUGGGCACCCCACCUGCCACGCAUCUGGAUUCAGAAAUGGCGCCGUUUCGGGGCUAUGCUGUAUGGAGAGUCAGACUGCGCCUUGGCCCGGCUGGAGCUCCAGGAGGCCUCGGAGAAGCCGCGACGGGGAGAGGCCGCCAGGAAGGUGAUCCGCCUCAGUGACUGCCUACGCGUGACCGAGGCCGGCGGGGAGGCCAGCAGCCCCCGGGACACCAGCGCCUUCUUCCUGGAGACCAAGGAGCGUCCGUACCUGCUGGCGGCCCCUGCUGCGGAGCGCAGCGACUGGAUCCAGGCCAUCUGCCUCUUGGCCUUCUCUGGCCAGAGGAAGGAGCUGCCGGGGCCAGCGGGGAAGGGCAGCCGCCCCCGCAUGGAGGAAAAUGAACUGUACAGCAGCACGGCCGCAGCCCCCCGCAAGGAGUUUGCCGUGACCAUGAGACCCACAGAAGCCAGCGAGAGGUGCCGGCUCCGGGGAUCCUAUACCCUCCGGGCUGGAGAGAGUGCCCUGGAGCUGUGGAGUGGCCCUGAGCGGGGCACCCAGCUCUACCAGUGGCCCUACAGGUUCCUGAGGCGCUUUGGGCGGGACAAGGUAACCUUUUCCUUCGAGGCGGGCCGGCGCUGCGUCUCUGGAGAGGGCAACUUUGAGUUCGAAACCCGGCAAGGCAACGAGAUCUUCUUGGCCCUGGAAGAAGCCAUUUCUGCCCAGAAGAACAGUGCCCCUCCCGGGCCCCAAAGCCAGCCGGCCACAGCCCCUCCGGUGCUGCCCCGGCCAGAAAGCCCCUACUCCCGGCCCCACGACUCACUGCCACCUCUGUCACCCUCCACUCCAGUGUCCACCGCCCAGCCACGGGGCCCAGAGGGGGAAUAUGCAGUGCCCUUUGAUGCCGUGGCCCGCAACCUGGGGAAGAGCUUGCGGGGCAUCCUGGCGGUCCCUCCCCAGCCCCCGGCGGACCCUCUGUAUGACAGCAUCGAGGAGCACCCACCCCCACGACCUGACCACAUAUACGAUGAGCCUGAGGGAUUGGCUGCCCUGUCCCUGUAUGACAGCCCACAGGAGCCCCAGGGUGAGGCCUGGAGGAGGCAGGCCGCAGCUGACAGGGGCCCCAGCGGCAGCCAGCACGUCUACUCAGCGGGGCAGGACUUCUCUGCCUCUGGCUGGCCGCAAGGAACUGAAUAUGACAAUGUCAUACUUAAGAAAGGCCCAAAGUGAUGCCUAAAGUGGAGGAGGUAUGGAUCUUAUCAGAUGUGGGUGCUGAAGCCUGUGGGGGCUGAAGCCUGCCUGUCCCCACUGGGGUGGGGUCAGAGGCCUAUGAGAAGGAGCAAGGAGUGUGAUGGAGGCACCAGGCCUCCCUUCUAGUUUCUGCUGGUUACUCCUCCUGGCUGCUGCAUUCCAGGAACUUCCCUCUGUUCCUUCCGGAACCCUGGGCUUGGUCUGCCUUAGUCUGGUCUGAGGACUUGUCCCUCCCAGGGCCUGCCGUAUGAGUCAUCAUCCUAACACAGGAAGAGUGCCUAAAAGAGACACACCCUCCUCCUACCCCUUUCUACUUCCUCUUCUUUCCCCAGCCUAAAGGAACCUUGGCAUUUAGGGCAGAGGACAGAAGGAUGUCAGCAGAUUGCCCUGGUUCCUUGGCUUAUGCAUGCCUCCUGCCUCCUGGGGACAACCCUGGCUCCAGGCACCCAGGAGGAUGACUGUAACUUUCUGGAGGUUUUGGAUUUCUCUGUGGCAUUAAACAUUUCUGGAAUA